AUGGCCCCUGUUCUAUGCGCAAAGUGCAAGACGGACCGCGCUCUCGUCAAGCGACCCAAGAAUCACCAGAAGCUCUGCAAGGGUUGUUUCAUUUCAGUCUUUGAAGAGGAAGUCCAUCAUACCAUAGUCUCCUCGUCGCUCUUUUCCCCAGGAGAAAAAGUGGCAAUUGGUGCGUCGGGUGGCAAAGACUCGACCGUAUUAGCGAGCGUCCUCAAAGACCUCAACGAGCGAUACCAAUACGGCCUGGAUCUUGUGCUUCUCAGCAUCGACGAGGGAAUUAAGGGCUACCGAGACGACUCUCUGGAGACUGUCAAGAGAAAUGCCGUUCAGUACGACAUGCCUCUGACGGUCGUUGGGUACGACGAGUUGUACGGUUGGACUAUGGACCAGGUUGUUGAAACCAUUGGGAAGAAGGGCAACUGCACAUAUUGUGGCGUGUUUCGCCGGCAGGCACUGGACCGUGGCGCCAAAAUGCUGGGCAUCAAGCACCUCGUCACCGGCCACAACGCAGAUGAUGUUGCCGAAACCAUCCUAAUGAACCUCCUGAGAGGCGACUUACCUCGCCUGGGCCGCAGUACAAGCAUCAUCACUGGGGAUGACACAUGCGAUGUCAAGCGUAGCAAGCCUCUCAAGUAUUCCUAUGAGAAAGAGAUUGUGCUAUACGCCCACCACAAGAAACUCGACUACUUCAGUACUGAGUGCAUAUACAGCCCAGAAGCAUUCCGAGGGACCGCUCGUACCUUGAUCAAGAACCUUGAGCGGGUGCGCCCAAGUGCCAUCCUAGACAUUGUCCGCAGUGGCGAAGACAUGGCCCGUCUUGUUGCAGGGGGACAAAGCAGCUCCAAUGCUUGCAAGGGACCUUCUGCCCGCGCCGCCGAGGACGACUAUACCGUUGGGUGUGGAUCGCAGCGGGGUAAGGCCUCACAGGGGGAGAUUGCUCAGUUGGAUGCAAGCCUGAGCCAAGCAACUCUUGACGAAGGCCUCGAGACAGACUUCACCGGCACAGUAGCGGCGAAGAACGGAGCGCAAACCAAGGGUCGGCCUGUGCUAAACCACGCAUUAUCCAGUGCUCCCUUACAGACGCUGGGCAAGUGCGAGAGGUGUGGCUACAUGUCCAGUCAGGCUGUAUGUCAAGCUUGUUUGUUGGUGGAUGGGCUGAAUAAGAAUAAGGCGCAAAUCCGGAUAUAG